AAUUCAUCAAAAUCUUGUAUCAUGUCAUUGCACACCGAUGGAUGUGGAAAUCGUGGACUGAUGUGGCAAUGUGGCAACCGUAACCUAUCUGAAAUACCUGAGCACAUUCCAUUGAAAUAUAAAGGAGAAUUUGUGACAUUAGACCUAUCUAAGAAUCAGUUUACAAGAAUCACAAUGGAAACUUUUCACAAUAUUGACCCACGUGUUCGAUCUCGCAUUACAUCUAUUUCAUUACGGAAUAACCCUAUUAGAUAUAUAGGAAACUUUUCUUUUCAGUGUCUUUGGCGUUUAUGUGAAUUGGAUCUUUCUACAUGUCACCUUCAGAGGACGUCUUUUGAAAUAAACUCCUUUGGAAAUUCCCUUCUAAAUCAAUUAAAAAUAUUAAGACUGCAUAAUAACUCAUUUCGUGGCAAUGGAUACCCUGAUACUGCUAUUUCGAAAGCGAAACUGUUAGAAAACUUGACCCUCGAUGUGUUUGGUGGUUUUACUUUCAGUUCAUAUUUUCAAAAUUUAACGAAACUAAAGAAAAUUGAAUUCAUCACCGGAAAUUCUAAAUUCCAUCUAACGAAUUCCACUUUCCGCGGGUUGAUAAAAUCUCCUAUAGUAAACCUGGAAAUGAUUUUUAAAUUCAGGGUAUAUAGUGAUGUCAGUGACGAUAUCUUUUGUUCGUUUCCAUUUCUGAAAGCGGUGCAUAUUGAGUUUGGAGGAAUGUGUGAUUUGAAUGUGGUAUUAAAAUCUUUGAAGUGUCUUCAACAUCGGACAAUGGACCGCAUUGUUGCAUACAACAAUAAUCCAAUGAUUGCCAAAAAUGCAGUAUAUCUCGAUAAUGAAAAUUGUAAAUACCUUUUCAAUAUCUGUUCCAGAAGAGUUGAACUAAUAAAGAAUCGUAUUGUGGGAAUUUAUGACAAUCUUUUGAGCACAGUCAUGGGUCAGUGCAUGGAAUACUUCGAUGUUUCAUCAAACAGGAUUAGAGUUAUCAACCCCUGGUACAUGCUGGAUUUUUUGACACGAUAUCCAAAUCUGCAGGUCUUCAACUUUAGCUCAAAUGCUGAUCAAUGCAAUUGUGAAUCUCCCGGGUAUAGCCAUCGCCCAACACUUGCAGCUUUGAGAAUGAUCGACUGUGAAAACGAUAAAUUUUCACAAAUUGCUUCAAAUAUGUUUGUAUCCAACGUUUCAGGUAAAACAUAUCUUAAAAAGAGAGGGUUAAUGGCAUUUAAGAUUUCCGAAAAAAUAAGAGUGUUACAUUUUUCCAAAAACUAUUUAAACCGAUUAACAUAUCCUUUACCUUUUGAUAUCUCGCUUAAUGCCAUGAAUUUAAAAGAAUUGUAUGUAGUUCGUACUAACUUCCCAUGCAAAUACAUGGCACCCAUUCAAACUCCUUUCUUGGAGAUUCUCGACAUUUCCAACAAUGACUGCAGCGAAAUGAAAAUGCGAAUUUUAAUGUUUGCCAAGAAACUACGGAUUUUUGUGGCAUCUAAUAUAAAACUAAGCUUUGCUGGUAGUUUAAAAUAUGGAAAACUUUUCCGUGGUGUUAUGAGCCUUUGCAAAGUUGACUUAAGUCGCAAUUCAUUAAUAUAUUUGCCACCAGCCAUGUUUAAAGAUCAGGAAAAUCUUUAUUAACAGCGAAUUUUGAUUAUAAUCUGUUUUCAACAAUUCCUGUUUCAAAUUUGAG